AUGGGUAUUACGGCUUCAAGCGAGAAAGAGGACGUCAUCCGUUUCGUUGCCAUACAAGCGACACCCGUGGCCUUAACGACUAAAGAAAUAGAGAGAGCGUCAGAAAUCGACGCUGAAUUACAAAGUGUGCGAUACUAUAUCGAAUCGGGAGAUUGGACUAAAUGUAAACUGUCGGCAUAUGCGUGUGUAAAGAAUGAGCUCUGCAUGAUUGGUAGACUUGUUUUACGGGGGAAUCGAAUCGUUAUUCCUCAGAUGUUGCGAAGAAAGGUUUUGGAAGCGGCACAUGAAGGCCAUCAAGGAAUUGUAAAGACGAAAAGCAGAUUAAGAACGAAAGUAUGGUGGCCCAAGAUGGACAUAGAUGCUGAACGAGUGUGUAAAUCGUGUCAUGGAUGUCAAGUAGUCAGCCAGUAUAAUGUACCGGAACCCAUGAAACGGACCGAGAUGCCUACAGGCCCAUGGCAAGAUGUCGCAGUAGACUUGAUGGGGCCAAUGCCAACCGGAGAAUACUUGCUGGUAGUCGUGGAUUACUAUAGUCGAUACUACGAAGUUUCCAUUAUGCACUCAACAACUUCAGAAAAGAUUAUCAAAGCGCUAAACGAAAUUUUUGCUAGAUUUGGUUUUCCUUACUCGUUGAAAUCAGACAACGGGAGACAGUUUGUUAGUGAGGAGUUCAAGAGGUUUUUACAACAAGUGAAUAUUGAACACAGAACGUCACCACCACUUUGGCCGCAAGCUAACGGUGAAGUGGAGCGCCAAAAUCGCACUCUUCUCAAGGCACUAAAAGUGGCCCAAGUUGAAGGCAAGGAUUGGAGAAAGGAGUUACCACAAUUCCUUCUUGCGUAUAGAACAACACCGCAAGUCACAACUGGAAAAACACCAGCGUUCCUUAUGUUCAAACGUGAACUGAGAAGUAAACUUCCAGAACUUAGGGGAGAUAUAGACGACUUUGAUGAGAACAUAAGGGAUCGCGAUUGGCGAAACAAGCUAGUACAAAGAGCUAAUGCAGAUGAAAAAAGGAGGGCAAAUGAUAGCACUAUUCUACCAGGAGACCAAGUACUACUACGGAACACUAAAACGUCAGGGAAGUUAGCUGCCAACUACGAAAAGGAGCCGUAUACGGUGGUCACGAAGGAGGGGAACGAAGUGAUGGUAGAGGCGGACGAUGGCUCGAUCUUUAGGAGAGACAGUUCAUUUGUAAAACCAUAUAAUAAUCCAGUGGAGACAGCUACGGAAAGCGAGUCCCAACAACAGCCGCAACCGGAUAGCGAAACGGUUAUCACCAAUAGACUUAAGCGGGAGAUUAGAUUACCCGAGCGAUUCAAUGAUUUUAUCAUGGACAAACCAAAGUGA